AUGAUUUUAAGAAAUUUAAACCCAAAAUUUAUAACAACAUUGUUUUUGUUAAUUGUAUUAUUACUAAAUGAAAAUGUUGUUUUUUCACAACAACCACAAUAUACUUGUUCAGAAAUGGAAGAACCAAUUGUUGGUGAUUGGGGAUUUUCAGUAAUUGCAAGUUCACAUCCAAAUAUUAGUGCAACAUCACCAUGGAAAGCAACUAGUUCAGUUAGUUUUUGUACAGAUGAUAUGUGUGGCUCAUCAGCCUAUUCAUUAGCAGGUUAUUAUUAUGCUCAAUUUUUAUAUAACGAAAGUGAUCCAAAUACUCAAACCAGUACAUUAUGGCAAACAGUUAGUUUACCACCAAUUCUACCAAAUGAACAAUAUUAUUUAGAAUAUUUCCUUAGUAGUCAAUUUGAAACUAAUAUUAAUCCAGUAUUGAAUGUUUAUGUCGAUAAUAGACCCGUUGCAUCCUACAAUGGUAAUUUAUUAUUAGGUGAUCUUGAACGUGUUCCGUUGGAAUCAUUUUUACCAUCAACAGUGAAUAUCGCAUUUACAACAUCAUACACUAAUAAUGGAGGUGGUGGUGGUGGUGGUGGUGGUACAUCACAAAGUGGUUUUAGAAUUGGUUCUGUAAUCAUUAGAAAACCAGCAGCUACAAUGCCAGAAGAAGUUUAUGUUGAUGUUGCAAAAGGUUCCGAUAAAUAUGGUAAUGGUACUUCAGUUGCACCAUUCUCAACAAUUCAACAAGCAUUAAAUUCAGUGGAUUUUAAUGGAACCAUUUAUUUAGCAGAUGGUACUUAUUGUAAUUUGGCUUCAUACUUACCAAUUUCACGUUCAAUCAAUAUUAUUUCACAAAGUGGUGAUCCAACUAAAUGUAUUCUAUCCGGUGAAUAUCAAUUAAAUUUAUUUAAAAUUUCUUAUUCAAAUCAACCACAAGAUUUAUUUUUAACAUCACCAUCAAGAAGAGGAAGAUUUAGACAAAUGGAAUCUUACUUUGAUAUCUCUUCAAAUUUAAUAACUUCAUCAAUUAGUGGUAGUGGUGGUAGUAGUGGUGGUGAUAGUAGUAGUAGUAGUAGUAGUAGUGGUAGUGAAAGUGGUAGUGAUAGUUCAUCAUCACCAGAUUCAAAAAGUAUUAAUAUAAAUGUUAAAGGUAUUACAGUUGGAUAUGCAUAUUCAUCAGAUAAUUCACCAGGUGGAGCAGCAUUAUUUAUAGAGGGAAAUGUUGUUGCAAGUUUUUCAAAUUGUAUAUUUACAAGUAAUGCAGAUAGUCAAAAUAGGGGUAGUAUUUCAGCAAGAGGUAAUGCAGCAUUAAUUUUAGAGAAUACUUUGGUACAAAAUUGUUCAUGUUCUAAAGUUGCAAGUUUUGGACCAGCAAUAUCAAUGUUGGGUUUUGGUGGUUCACCAACCAUUUCAUUGGUAAAUUGUACAAUGACAGAGAAUCUAUAUAAUAUAUUAGUGGAUGAAACUAGUGAUUUUAAUAUGCAAGAUAGUAAUAUUCAAGGUAUUGAACCAAUUGAAGGGGCAAGUUUAUGCUCAAUUAUGCUUUCUCGUACACAAUCAUCUACCAUUAACAAUUGCGAUAUCGGUGGUAUUAAUAAUGGUGCAUUAUGUAUUAUCAGUAGUACUUCAAAUAUUUCCAAUACCAAUUUCCAAGGAAAUAAUUUAAAAAGUGGACCAGGUGGUAAUAUUUAUAUUAGUCAAGGUUCAAGUGUUACCAUUCAAAAUGUAGUUAUUGAAGAUUCAAAUGGUAAUAUUGGUGCAGCAAUUUUCGCUAUGGAAUUAUCAAAAGUGAAUAUUUUCAACACUAUCAUAAGAAAUAUUGGUAUAACAAAUUCAUUAAUUUCUUCAUCCGAUAGUGAUUUAGUAUUAUCACAAUCAUCCAUUUAUAAUACAAGUAAUGAUUAUACCAUCUAUUUAUUCUUUGGUAGUUUUAAAUUAUUCGAUUCAAAUAUCACCAAUUCUAAAGGUUCAUUCUAUGCAACUCAAACUGUAAUUAGUAUUUCCUCGACACUAUUUGAUGACAUUUCCAUUGGAAGUCAUGUAUUCCAAGAUUGUCAAGUUGAGAUUAUAGAUUCAAUAUUUUCAAAUCUAAAUGGAUUUUUCUAUUCUUCUUUCUCAAAGAUUCAUAUUGUUGGUUCAUUAAUUGAAAAUUCAAUCACUCAAUUCCUUAUGAUUAGUCCACUUUCAAAUGUUUUAAUUGAAAAUAGUGUUUUCUCAUCAAAUACAGAUACAAUUAUAAAUUUACUUAGUCAAUCGAAUUUAACCGUUAUCAAUUCCAAAUUUAUUGAUAAUUUUUCAAAUACCUCUACAAAUUCUAUUCUUACACAAUAUGAAGGUAGUACAUCAACUUUUAAAAAUGUUCUCUUUCAAAAUAAUCGUUCACCAGGUAUUUUAGGUGGUUGUAUAUUUACAUUCUCCUCAGUGGUAUUGGAUAAUUGUACAGCCAUUGGAAAUUUCGCUAAACAAGGUGGUGUGAUCUCAACCACUAUCGCUGGUAAUUUAAUUACCAUAGAUGGAGGUAUCUAUCAGAAUAAUUCUGCAAGUGGAGGUGGUGGUGUUAUUUUCUAUAGUAGUACACCAGGUCCAACCAUAAAGAAUAAUGCCAUUUUCUCUGGUAAUACUGCUUCCUAUGGAAAUAAUACUGCAACCGAUGCUGCUCUUAUCGAUGUAGAGGAUCCUUUCCCCUCAAGUUUCAGAUCAGGUCAAGAUACAUACUCUGGUAGAAUCUAUAUCAAAGAUGAAGAAGGUCAAAUCGUAUCUGGUUUUGAAGUGAAAAUUUUCCUUCAAAUUUCUGGUAAUACAAUUGAUUCCACCUCAACCUAUAAUGGUAUUGCCAUUUUUUCAAAUACAACUCUCUAUGGUCCGAUCAAUACAACAGUUGAUGUUGAAUUCCUUAGUAAUAACCCAAAUUUACCAGUGAAUCAAACUGUAAGUAAUGUAUUGAAAUGCAGUCCUGGUCAAAUUCCAUCCACUACAAAGAUUGAAUGUACUGAAUGUCGUACUGGUUCCUAUGGUUACAAUGGUGAAACCUGUGUUCAAUGUCCAUCAAUUCAUGCCUAUUGUCCAGGUGGUGCUAAAGUGAAUCAAUUCGAAGGUUGGUGGUAUGAUGUCAAUCAAACUGAUAAACCCUAUGUUUUAUAUGAAUGUCCAAAUGUAAAUUGUAUUGGUAGUAAUACAUCUGAUAUGUGUGCCCCAUAUAGUUUUGGUCCAUUAUGUGCUCAAUGUGAUCCUGGUUAUUAUGAUUGGGGUGAAGGUUGUAAAAGAUGUGAUAAAACAUCGCCCAUUCUAUUCAUUGCCAUCGUUGCAGUAUCUAUUGGUAUGAUCGUAUUGGUACAAAGUUCUGAUUCAGAAUCUGGUCUUAUGACAGUUAUCAUUUAUUUCGCACAAACUCUUAUGGUACUUUCAACUGGUGUUAAAUUCAAUUUCUUGGCUUUACUAAAUCUUGAAUUUCAACCAGGUGGCUCAUCAAGUAUUUUUGGUAUUUGUCCUGGUCCAUUCGAUUAUUAUCAACAACAUUAUUUCACCUUACUUUCAGCUCCAUGGUUAAUUGUUGUAUUACUUAUUUCAACGGUUUUUUUCUAUAUAGUCUAUAGAUAUAAAUUAAUUCAAAAAUUAAAGAAUAAAAUCAUUAAAGAACAAGAAGAUAUUGAAAAAAGUAAAUCAAUUUCAAAUUAUUCUUCAAUUAUAGUUACAUCAGAUCCUGGUACAAUCAAUAAUUCAUCAUUACAAAAAAGUUUAGAAAGAAAAUCUUUAUUAAGAAAACAACAACAACAACAACAACCAUUAUUAGAAAAUGAUGAUGAUGAUUCUUUUGAUUCUACUAAUACAACUACAAAUGAUGGUGAUUUAUCUCGUGAUGGUUAUUCAACAAUUGCAGAUGGUGGAAAACAUUCAAUACUUGGUAAAUCAAUCGAAACCUCAAUCUCUGGUAGUUUAAGUUCACAAGUUACUCUAAUUGAUAAUGCAACCGCUAUACCAAGUAAUCAAACAUUCCUUAGUCAACAAUUGGGUGCAUUUAUAAAGUUAAUGCUUAAUAUUUAUACACCAAUUGGUAAAGCAACAUUUGAAUUAUUCUUUUGUGAAAAUGUUGGGGUAUCCGCUUAUGUGUUAAUUGCCAAUAAUGGUGUUAGUUGUUAUACUGACCAAUAUCAUAAAGCAUUGAUGGUCAGUUAUUGUCUAUUGAUUGUUAUUAUUGGUUUCCCAUUGAUUCUUAUGAUUUUAUUAUUCUUAAAUCGUAAAUCAUUGGAUGACCCACACACUCAACGUACCUAUGGUGUAUUUAUAUUAAAGUAUAAGAGUUCAUUUUACUUUUGGGAUGUAAUUUUAUUACUUCGUAGAUUGUUAAUCAUUUUAAUGUCAACUAUGGAUCCAACAUCGGCAGCAAGAUCUUUCCUAUUGGUAGUGGUCAGUUUAGUAUCUGUAUUACUUCAACUUAAAUAUCAACCAUUUAAACGUAUCUCUGAUAAUAGAUUAGAGCUCACUUCAUUAUCACUUCUUUUUAUUUGUUGUGUUUAUCUCGAUAAUACAGUCUAUCAAUCGAUUGAACAAUGGAUUGUAAUCUCAAGUUCAAUUAUCUUCUUUUUACAUGCUGUCUAUAUCCUCUAUUCAAACUAUCGUUAUCAAAUCAUUGAUUCACUUCAACAUUACCUUUACAUCAUUUCAAGAGGUAAAAAAGGUAGAAAGAAUUCAAAUACUACUCUCUUUGGUUCAAACUCUUAUUUCCUCUAUAAUCAAGAUCAUAUCUAUAAUGAUGAUGAUUUCUCAAGAGAUAGUGGAAUUUUUUCAAAAAAAGAUAAAAAACAAUCAAGAACUGAUAAAAUUGUAAAAAAAUCAAAAAUUAAUAAUAAUAAUGAAAAUAAUAUUGAAAAUAAUAAUGAAAAUAAUGAAAAUAAUGAAAAUAAUAAUAAUAAUGUAAAAGAAAUUGAAAAAAUUUUAGAAGAAGAAUCAAAAACAAAUUUUGAAGAAUUAAAUAAUAAUUAUUAUGAUGAUAGUGACGAUUUUGAUGAAGAUGAAAGUAGUGAUGACGAAGAAGAUGACGAAACUAAUGGCGAGUCAACUAAUUUAUUAAAGCCUUAA